AUGCAGUUAUCGUGCAAGUCCCACAGACCUUCCCACACGGAUUACACCAGUAACCUAAGCAGCUGGUCUACUGUGCAGGAAUGCAGACAGAGAUCCACAGGAGUAAUCACCUUGACAACUGGAGAAGGAGAGAAUUUUUCAGAGAUCUUUGGCUUCAGGAGAGAGGAUUGUGACUGUCGGAGAGAUUACACCGCCGCCGGCUUCACCACCUUCUCCAAAGUCCGCCUGGACCUCAGCAAGAUGAACCUCAUCACUACAGAUUGGCAGUUUGCUGUCACCCGGGAAGGCAAGAACGUUCCCUUUGCUACAGCUGGAGACUGCUACAGCGCAGCACGGUGUCCACAGGGUCGCUUCAGGAUCAACCUCUCAGGAACAGGUUUCAGGGUGGCGCAGGAAACCUCAUGGAUCUCCCAGGGCAACUAUGCAGUGACUGAUAUACGAAAAUCACAGGAUGGCAGCAGCGUGUCAGGGAUGUGUGGAGGCUACUGCGGUAAAUGUACACCGUCCUCUGUCUCCAACCUGCCUGUCACAGUGGAGUAGAUCUACUGUAAUACCAUCAAACACAUGAGCAUCUGUUCCCAUCCAUUUGGCGGUCCAUCUUCAGGUUAUUGUGUCGAGACUUCCCUCCUCUUUGGUGCUACAGCCAUUCAGAGUCCAAACCCGCCCUGACCUCUUUUUCUCAAGUAUGUAUAGUGUAAAUGAACUUGGUGUAAGUACUGUACAUAGCAGGAUACAAAUGUCUUAUUUAUUGUACUCUCAAUUUAUUUUUGUACUGUAAUAUGAUUGAACCGUUUUGUUGUCCUUCGUGAAUACCACACAGUUGCCAUUUAUCAGUUUUUUGCCAGAAUGUGCCUUCCAAUUUGGAUAUUUGCCAAAUGGACUUUUUAGUAUGAGUAGUUAUUUAAACCAGACUUCAUCUGGUACAGCCAUGUACUCCUUUUUUAAUUAGAUUCUGUAACGUUAUUGUUGUGAAGGUCACCAGACCUGUUCAUAUCCAUUGAGGUGUCUCCAG